GUUGGGUCUCAUGUUUACGUGGAAAACAUGGCGGCGGACUACAAUCAAGGAGAUAGCUAGUGAAUUCGAGCCGAGCCGUGCGACACAUAUUAGACUGUUAGCUUUGAGAUUUUUGUCGGAGGUAUUUCGUAUGAAGACGUUUCCGUCUUGUUUCAGCCACGGACGCAGCCGGAAUGGAAGACGAGGAGAGGCUAAAGAAGCUCGAGGCCGGCAAAGCUAAGCUUGCUGAGUACCGCCAGAGAAAAGCUUAUGCGGACUCCCAGAAGAAACAGAAAAAGAAGAAGAAAAAGAAGCCGACUGAGGACUCUGAGGGCGAUUCGCAGGAAAGAGUGGAGGUCGAGCCGCCUCAGUCUGUGGGAGGAGAGGAGGUCUCAGGUGGAGGACAAGAUGAAUCACAAGGAGGAAACGGAGAACCGCCCACCACAGAGUUUACCUUCACCAAGACGCUGAAGAGCGGAGAAACUGUCAGGCAUAACCAGACUUAUAAGAUCGAGCCAGACAGCGAAGUUUCCACCACGGCUGAAGAUUGUUCCUCAGAGGUUAAUGGGUGCCAUGAUGAGAUGACAGAAAGCCUAAUGAUGUCUUCAAAGGAGUUUAUCUGGGAGGAGGUGGACACCCUGCAGCAGAUCACAAAGGGGCAUACAGAACAAGAUAUGGAGGAUGCACUAUCAACUAGGACCCAAACUGUGGAGGAGCUGAAUCAAGACCUUGAGGAAAUUGGGCCUGACUUUGGCACAGAAACGGUACAGCAGCUGCAGGACUUUGAAGUGGCUCUGAAACAGCGAGAUGGCAUCAUCACCCAGCUCACAUCCAACCUUCAGCAGGCUCGUGAGGAGAAGGACGAGAUCAUGAAAGAGUUCUUAGCACUGACGGAACAAAGUCAGAAACUGCAAAUUCAGUUCCAGCAGCUGCAGGCAGGCGAGACGCUAAGGAAUACUAGCCACAGCAGCACUGCAGCUGAUCUCCUGCAGGCAAGACAGCAGCUUGUUCACUACCAGCAGCAGCUGGAGGAGAUAAACAUCGAGGUUGGACAGCACCAGAAAAAGAGCGGUGGACAGCUGGAGCACAUCAGCCAGCUCCAACUAAAACUUGCCGAGAUGGAGAUGUCAGGGAGAAGAUCAGAGGAAUUGUUGACGCAAAAGAUAAAUGAAAAGGACUUGCUGAUUGCUGAGCGAGAUAAAGUUAUUUUGAGUCGAGAGCAGUCGCUGAGAGCAGCAGAGGAGGCUUUUGCUCAAACAAUAAAAGAUAAAAAUCAGUUAAUUUCAGAACAAACUGCAAUAAUCAAAGAACACGAGUGGUCAUUGACCCUGCUCCAAGAAGAACUGGCUCUUGCCGGAAGGACUACAGACGAGAAUAUUAUUCACUGCACUGAUGAGAAAGAGCUUAUUAUAGCAGAGAAGGAGCGAGUCAUUUCAGAACGUGACAGUUCCCUUGUCCAGUUAACGAACGAGCUGGAAACCUCAGAAAAACUCCUGCGUGAUCUCCAGCAGCAAGUGGCUGCAAAGGAAUCAGAGCUUGUAAAAUGCCUGGAUGAGCUGGAAAGCACAAAAUCUGAAUUAGUAAGUUGUAAAGGUGAAACGGAGAGCUGUAGAUCCCAGUUGGAGAAAGAACAAAUGAAGUUAGAAAGCUGUAAGGGAGAGCUUGCUGCCUCCAGACAGAAAGAGCGAAUGUCAUCUAAUGAAAUCAUGCAGCUUAUGGGCACAGUGGAAGAUCUGCAGAAACGCUGUUACCAGGGCCAUGCGUCUGAGAGUGACACCAUCCAAAAAAUGCAGGAAGACACCGCAAGGAAGCUCGAACUUCUCCGGGCAGAGUUGGACGAGAUGUACGGUCAGCAGAUAGUCCAAAUGAAACAGGAGAUGAAUCUGCAGCACGCUGCAAGAGUGCAGCAAAUGAUGGAGCAACACCAGUCUGAGGUUGAGCUUCUAAAAACACGACAGAGUUCAAGUGGCAGCACUGGGGAGGUGGAAGGGCUUACUGUGAGAAUAAAGAAGCUACAGAACACUUUAGAGGAGUCGCAAGCAAUGUACGAUGAAGCUAGACACGAGCUGAACCAAGUCAUCCAAGAGAAGUUGAAGCUGCAGGUCAAGGUUGAGGAUCUCCUUCGAGACCUCAGCGCUGCCAAGGAAGAAGUGGAGCAGGUCUGCACCAGCUUUCUCUCUCAGGAAAGUAAUCUGGAUGAACUACAGCAGCUCCAGGAGACCAUCGACACCCUUAGGAGUGAGCUAUCAGCUGCUCAAGAAGCUGCACAAGAGGCAGAAACCAAACAUGAAUCUGAAAUAACCAACUACAAGAUCAAGCUGGAAAUGCUGGAAAGGGAGAAAGACGAAGUUCUGGACCGAAUGGCAGAGUCUCAGGAAGCAGAGCUGGAACGACUGAGGACCCAGCUUCUGUUUAGCCAUGAGGAAGAACUGACGAAUCUUAAGGAGGAUCUGCAGAGGGAGAACUUUCUGAAGAUGGAGAACCUUCUUAAUGAAGCUGCAGUUAGACAUCAGAAGACUCUGGACGAGCUGCAGAUUAGCUAUGCGGAGCAACUGGAUUUCUUACGAACGGAGAAGGCAACUUUUGCCACGGAGCGAGAUGAACUGUUGCACCAAAUUUUGGGGCUUAAAGAAGAGCUGAAGCUUGCGUUGCACAGCCCCAAAGCAGAUGAACUCGUGCGUCAGCUCCAAGACCUCCAGGUUGAACUGGAGGAACUUAGAAAAGGAGCCCAAGACCGAGCUAAAACUCGGGAUGAAAAUCAGUUGUUGCUGAAGAAAAUCGAAGUGCUGGAGAACCAGACAAAAGAACAAGAACACUAUUGGGAGGAGAAGCUAAAGGAGCACAAACUGGAAAAGGAGACACUGAUUGAGUCUAAUAACACUUUGGGGAAAGAGAUCGAAUCCAGAAAUGUGAAAAUUGAGACACUGACUGCAGAGAACAAUCAAAUCCAGCAACAAGUGGCUGAGCUUUGUGAGGAAACUGAAAAGCAGCGGACGACUUUCUCUUUCGCAGAGAAGAAUUUUGAGGUGAACUAUCAAGAGCUGAAGGAGGAGUACACUUGUCUCAUCGAGGCAAAGACACAGCUGGAGGAGAGGACACGGAGGGAGACGCUCGAGUUUGAGGCGAAAAUUGCACGCCUUCAAUUACAGAUCCAAGAGCUUGAAGAGGGGAGCAGAGAUAUCAAAAUGGAAGAGGCGAAAAUUGAAGACAAAGAUGUGACGGAGAAAGAUGCAAAGGAGCUAAUGGAGAAGCUGGGUGUUGCUCUGAGUGAGAAGAGGAGCCUGACUGACAGGCUUUCUGAAGUUACAGGUCAGCUGAACUUUACAGAAAACAAAGUGGGACAGCUGGAAGAUGAGUUAGUACAAGUGAGACAAGAAAACACAAAGGUCAUCGCUGAUAAUGAAAGCCUCAGGAAGAAAUUGGAAAAAGAGAUUAAGAGGGAGCAAAGAGGAGAGAAGGAAGCCCGGGAAGAAAGACGAAGUAUUGAGCCAGAGUGUUCUUUAGAGCAUCAUCACCUUCAGAUUGAAUCUCUGCAGGAGGAGGUAAAGGCUCUUCAGUCCCUUUCGCAUGAAGCAGAAAGAGACGGCGUUCCUCAGACUCUGGAGCUCCACAGGCUCUCACAAACUCCGUCUCCAGCAGCGGCGCGUUCCUCGGGGGAGGGACCUGUUGAAGGACGAUCCUCCCCGCACAAGUCUGCAGCCUCUGGGUCAAACAGGCGCAAGAGACGGCAGAGGUCGAAGCAGGAGCGCAAAGCUGGCGGCGCUUUUUCAGACGGCAGGGAAGAAAAACAAAGGGAGGAGGAAGAGAGAGCUCAAAGUACUGCAGAGCAGGAGAUGCUGCCUCAGAUGCAGAGCCAGAGCAUGUCAUGUUCACCGGAGAAGGCCGAUAAGGAGGACUCCACUGACGGGAACCAGGGAGACGGAGGCUACAGCAACAGAGCGGUAAACAGACAGCGAUACCAUACAGAGCGUGUCAUGCGUCAGAGAGCUGAAGAGGAGGAAGAGACCCCUGAGCAUGAUGAGUUCAGGCUACAGAUGGAAGCUCAGCGCCUCAGCCUGACUCAGAUUCAUGCUGCUCAACUUGAGCUGCUUCAGGAAGAGUCGGAUGCCUGCACGCGCUCACUGGAGCUGAAACUCCAACACCGAACAGACCAAAGUGACCAGGAUGAACAAAAAAUCUUCAAAUACCAGAACAUGAUGGAAGUUGUGUCGGAUGAAUGCACUGAGAUUAUUCAGUCUUUUCAGAAAAUCUUUGGCCAAAUAGUUUUGGAGAGAGUUGAUGCGGCAACGUCGUCGCUCAUUUCAGAAGAAAGGCCAGCAACUAGUGAAUCUGCCUCUCUUGUCCUGCAGGCCAGAGAGUUAUACACAAAUCUUCAGGAGGUGAGGGCGAGAAUUGAACAUGAGCAUCGUCGACUUUCUCAUCUCCAGACUCUGCUCAAAACGGAUGGAAACAAGAUAAUUGAACUGCAGAAGGCCAAUGAUGAGCUGAAGAUCAACAACGAGAAGCAGAUCUCUGACCUGCAGAUGCAACUUGACAAAACAAGGUUAUCUUCAUACAGAGAUGUAGAGGAGCAGACUGGGGCCUCUGCCUCAAUUCCAGACCUACAGAAGCUGAAGGUCGAGGCUCAGGAGAAGCAGCUCCAGCUGCAGGAGAGUCAUCAACAGGAAAUGGAGCACCUCAGGGCUCAUUACCAACAGCAGGCCGCAGAGACGGAGGAGAGAUACGCUACAGAGCUCUUCAUGCUGCAGCAGAGACUGCAGGACGUCACAGGAGAUGAGACCUUCUACAGCCUGUCCAGUGCUCCCGAGCUCAGCUCUGAGAUGAUGGAGGAAUGCAGAGAGGAGCUAAAGGACCUGAGUGAGGAGGAAUUGUCAGAGGGGGGCGUGGAGCUGCACUCAUCUGCCAGGUCUCCUGCCCUGACAGCGCAGCUGCAGGCGCUUAGGAAAGCUCUGGAUCACAAGUACACCCAAGAAGUAGCUGCCCUCAAAGAGCAGCAUAACAGUGAGCUUAGGAGAUUGAGAGAAGAAAUCGAGCGGGAGAGGAGAAGACGGGAGCAUCGGGAAGACGGAGGGGAGAGAAAGCUGGAUCUGAACAGUGUCAUCGGUGCUGGGAGCUCCACUGAGAGCCUCGGCGUUGUUGCGCAGCUCCAUGUGGAGGAGAGACAUCAGCAGGAGAGAGUGGAGGAGGAAGUUGCUAAGGCCAUAGUUCAAAUGUCUGUGGAGUUUGCACAGCAGACCGAGUUGGCUCGAAUCAACAAACGCGCCCGUCAGACGAGCACCUCCAUGCAGACCCAGCUGGAUGGCGAAGCGGUGGAGGACAGAGAGGCGAAGCUUCAGACACCAAGGGCUUCCCCCUCUGCAGUUGCUGGGUUGGAGGAGGAGGAAAGGCAGAGAAUGGAAAGGGAGCUGGAGGAGAAGAACAACGAGCUCCAAAAGUUAAAAGAAGCGCUGCAAAAAACUGAACCUAAACAGGCUUUAAAGAAGGGAGACAAUGGGGAAGGACGAUUUGAUGAAGGGGACGGUACACAUACAACAUUAGCAGGAGGAAUCAAACUGUCAGAGGAUGAUGAAGAGCCUUCUGAUAAAGACACUGAAAGAAACCUGCUGCGUGAAGCCAACAAGAAGCUUAGUCAGGUUCUUGUUGAUGUCCUGAAGACAACUGUGGCUGCAGAGAAAACAUUGGGCCUCCACAUGCAAAGUUUGCGUGACACUUCUGCUGAAAUGCAGCUUCCUCUGUCCGGCAUGCAGAGACAAACUGCAGAGCCCAAAAACCGCUAUUCCUCAGAAAGCUGCAGGAGCGGUGAAACCGGUGCCGACAACGUGCGCAUCUGGUCAGGGGAACUGGAGGCUGACGAGGGUCUGGAGAUGUCCCAGCAGAUGAUGGACAGCCUGCUCCUCGGUGCAGAGCCACAACUCAGGAAUGAGGAAUAUUUCACGGGCGUCAGCAGCCGACUUCAGGCAGCUGUGGAGAAGAUGUUGAUGACCAUCACUGGCACGACCGGACAGCUUGAACAUGCCCGGGUGACCCAGACUGAGCUGAUGCGCGAGUCCUUCCGCCACAACCAGGAGAUCGGUGAGCUGCUGCAGAAGCAGGAGGAGCUGCAGGAGAGGCUGUCCGAGGAGGCUCGUGCCCGGGAGCAGCUCGCUCUGGAACUCCACCGUGCUGAAGGUCUCAUCGAUGGCUACACGGGUGAACGAGCUGCGCUGGAGGAGCAGCUACGCCACAAGGAUGAACUCCAGCAGAGCCUCGAGCAAGAGCUGCAGGUAACAGGUAGCCGGCUGCACGAGUUGGAGCAGGAAAGACUUCAGAUGCUUGAGGAGCGUGAGCUGUUGUCACGACAACAGGACGCCAUGAGGGAGGAGGCCGGACCACGUGAGCUUUGCCUAGUUGAAGCUGCAAUGGUUGCAGCACCUGAAGCAGACCUGCUGGAGGAGACGGAGAAGCUGAUGAAAGAGAAGGUGGAUGUCCAGCGUCAAGCGGAGAAGGAGAACACGGACCUCCUGAAGCAGGUGAAGCUGCUGGAGGCGGAGCUGGAGGAGCAGGUCAACAGGGUGAUCGAGCUGGAGCACGCUCAGAAUACGGAGAGCGGAGACUUCCAACAGCAAAUUCAAGCUCUGGAGAAGCAGCUGGAGAAGAACAGGAAGUUUCUCGAUGAGCAAGCUGUGGACCGAGAACACGAGAGGGACUUCUUCCAGCAGGAGAUCCAGAAGCUGGAGCAGCAGCUGAAGAGCCCACAGAAGCUUCAGAUUGGAUCGGAGCAAAGAAACCGAGAGGUGGAUCGAGUAGCCUUUAAGGUGGAGCAGCUGACCACCCAGCUGAAGGAGAAGGCAGAUUGGUGCAGUGAGCUGUUGCUCGGCUCCGAGCAGCUGCGUCGUGAGCUGGGAGAGCGCGACGAGGAGAUUGAAAAGCUGGAGAGCCGCAUCCGCGAGCUGGAGCAGGCCCUGCUGGCCAGCGCUGAGUCUCUGGAGAAGGUCGAAGAAAAAAAACAGCAUGAAUCCAUCACUGAGGCGAAGCACUCCACUCUGGAGGCUCAGUUACAAACAGAGAGAGAGGCUCUGGAGAGGAAAGAGAAAGAGAUCUGUAAUCUGGAGGAGCAGCUGGAGCAGUUCAGAGAGGAGUUGGAGAACAAGAGCGAGGAGGUGCAGCAGCUUCACAUGCAGCUGGAGAUCCAGAGGAAGGAGAUAAGCAGCCAGCAGCAAUACCUGGAAACCAGGGACAGCAUGCUGCAGGUGAUGGCGGAGAAGGACAGGGAAAUAGCUCUUCUUAAUGAACAGAUCACUAAGCUUCAACACAUGGAAUCAGCCUCUGAUAACAAGGAAUUUGAUGACAGGGAGGAGAUGAUUAAAGAGUUGGAGUCCCAGGUAGAGUGUCUGCGCAGCGAACAGGAGCGCUUAAAGAGAAAUAAAGAAGAAGAGCUCGAGCAGCUGAAUGAUGUCAUCGAGAAACUCCAGCAGGAACUUGCCAAUAUCGAGCAUAAACAGGCUGCUGAGGAAGAGGAGGAUAGUAAAGGCGAGUUAGAGAGCGCUACGUGGGAGCCAACCAAAGAGGAGUACAACGAAAUGAAGCAAAAGAUGGACCGAGCCACCAAAGAUCUGGAGACGCUGAGGACAGAUCACAGCAAGCUGUUGGACACGCACCUGCACUUAAACCAAAGUGCAGAAGCUCUAGCUGAAGCAGAAAAGCUGGACAGCUCAGAGGGGGAGCUUGGUGAAGCUCUCAGAGAGAAAACUGCCGCGCUUGUGGUUUUGCAGGCGGAAGUACAAGCUUUGGAGCAGAGCGCCUCCUCUAGAGUGGAGGAGCUAGGUCUGCGAAUUCAGGAGCUUGAAGAUUUGGUAGGUGAGAAAGACUUGGAGAUGGACCACUGUCGGAUUCUUGUGGAGCAAAGUCAAAGCUAUGCAGAGGAUCUUCAAAAAAAGGUUCAUAAUUUAGAAGAAAAUCUGAGGGAAAGAGUAGCUGCUGCACUGGUCAGCCAGUCUACGCUGGAGGCCUUCCAGCAGCAAUCUGAGGACUCAAAACCACAGCAGGAGCUGCAGAGACCUCCUGCUCCUCGCGUCUUUGAGUUCGCUGACUUUGAUACCCCACAAAUGGUUUUCAGCAAGCUGGAUCAGGCAAAACAGUCCCCAACAGAGAAGGUGGUCCAUGUGACACAAAAGCUUCGGGACCUGGAGGUUGGACUCAGUGGGAUCCAGAGAGACCAGGAGCUCCAGAAGCAGCUGCUCUCCAGCUCAGAGGAGGAGGUGCUCGAGUACGAGAGGAGGCUGGCCGUGCUCACGGAUCUCCUCAGUCAGAUGAAGGCCGGGCCAUCCCAGAGAGCAUCCUCAUCUGUGGAGAUCUGUUCUGCUGAGCAGCCAGCUGUGACGGAGCUUCUUGGGGAGUUGCAGGAGGUCAAAGAUGAAGCCAGCACCACCUAUCAGCAGCUGGAACACUACAAGGAGAGCUGCAACAGACUCCAGCAGGAGCUUCAAGACAAAACUGUCACUGUGGAGAAACUUCAGGGCCAACUUCAGAUGGUGUCAUCCAACGCUGAGGAAGAAACAAAGACGUCUGAGCUCGAAGGAAAACUCCUGGAGGCUCUGAAUGAGGCAGCUUCCACCAAAGAGGAGUUGAGCAGCUGCAAAGAAAGUCUGGAGAAACUGCAGGAGCUGCUGCAGGAGCGAGAAAUGACCAUUGCUCACCUUAAAGGAGAACUUUUCCAAGUAAAAGCUGCAGAAGAUGGAGCUGCCAUGACAGAAGUUAUCCAGGAGCUCGAGAAGGUCAAACGCGAUGCUACUUCCACCAAAAAAGAUCUGACCAGUUACCAGGAGCAUAACGAGAAACUGCAGGAGGACCUCCGAGCCAGAGAUGGCUCGAUUUUUAAUCUUGAAAAGGAGCUCCAGGAGGUGAGAAGCAGUGUGGACUCCACCAAAGAAGAGCUCACCAUCUACCAGGAGCAUAACGAGAAACUGCAGGAGGACCUCCGAGCCAGAGAUGCCUCGAUUUUUAAUCUUGAAAAGGAGCUCCAGGAAGUGAGAAGCAGUGUGGAUGCCACCAAAGAAGAGCUCACCAUCUACCAGGAGCGUAAAGAGAAACUGCAGGAGGACCUUCAAGCAAGGGAAGACUUGAUUUGUACACUGAAAAAGGAGCUUCAGGAGGUGAGAAGCAGUGUGGACGCCACCAAAGAAGAACUCGCCAGUUACCGGGAGAAGAAUGAGAAACUGCAGGAGGAACUCCAAGCUCAGGAAGGUUUGGUUUUUCAACUUGAAGAGAAGCUCCAGGAAGUGAGAAGCUCUGUGGACUCCACCAAAGAGCUCGAUAGUUACAAGCAGCAAAAUGAGAAACUUCUUGAGGACUUCCAAGUUCAGGAAGGUUUGAUUUUUAAACUUGAAGAGGAGCUCCAGAAGGUGAGAAGCAGUGUGGACACCACCAAAGAGCUCGAUAGUUACAAGCAGCAAAAUGAGAAACUUCUUGAGGACUUCCAAGUUCAGGAAGGUUUGAUUUUUAAACUUGAAGAGGAGCUCCAGGAAGUGAGAAGCUCUGUGGACUCCACCAAAGAGCUCGAUAGUUACAAGCAGCAAAAUGAGAAACUUCUUGAGGACUUCCAAGUUCAGGAAGGUUUGAUUUUUAAACUUGAAGAGGAGCUCCAGAAGUUGAGAAGCAGUGUGGACACCACCAAAGAGCUCGAUAGUUACAAGCAGCAAAAUAAGAAACUUCUUGAGGACUUUCAAGUUCAGGAAGGUUUGAUUUUUAAACUCAAACAGGAGCUCCAGGAGGUGAGAAGCUCUGUGGACUCCACCAAAGAGCUCGAUGGAUACAAGCAGCAAAAUAAGAAACUUCUUGAGGACUUUCAAGCUCGGGAAAGUUCAAUUUUAAAACUUGAAGAAGAACUUCAGUCACUGAGAAGUAAUAUGGACACCACCAAAGAAGAACUCGACUGCUAUAAGCAGCAAAACGAGAAACUUCUUGAGGAACUGAACACGCGUGAACUCUUCACUUCCAAGCUGAAAGAGGAGCUCCAAGUGGUGCAGACAGCCUUGCUGACAACAACAGGACCUGCUUCUCCAUCUCCAGCUCCUCAGCUUCUUUCCUCUGCUGCUUCCACUUCCACCUCACAGUCCAAAAGAAAAGGAGCUAAACAUCCAACUGCUAAGGGAGGCAGUUCCAAAGAUAAGCCCUCGCUCUCUAAGAGAAACGUUGCCUCCUCCAGUCAUUCCAACAGCAGCUCAGGUCAGCAGCGCGUGGCUGCGACCGACUCGUUUACGCAGACCGAGCCGCUCCAAGAGUCUGAUCUCAAUCCGGACGGCAAGUCUGCCACCAAAGAAGAGAUGGAGGAAGUGAUCGGAGAUUUUCAGGAGAAGAUUGCGCAGAUGCAGGAGCUCCACGCGGCAGAAAUCCUCGAUAUGGAAGCGCGGCACAUUUCUGAGAGCGAUAACCUCCGCCGGGACAACCAGGCUCUGGAGGAUGAAUGUAAAGCCAUGAAAGCCGCCAUCAACAAACUGUGCUCGACCAAGGCUCCUCCUUCACGACAAGAUCGACCUACUUUACAGUUUAAAGAUGGAUACACUAGCGACAGCAGCUCAGACUACAGCCAGAGGACUGGAUAUGACCUCCCGAGCUUGCAGCAGGAGUUGAGGACGACUCCAGAGGGUGCCAGGAGAGAAACAGAUGAUCCACUUCCUGACCGGAUAAAAACGUUGCUCCGUGAGGUGCACCAGGAAGGCAUGCAGGUUCUUUCUUUGUCCGAGUUCCCUUUCUCCGAGCCGGGCAACCAGUUCAACGUCGAAGGCUGGGUGAAGGAGAGAGACGCCCUCCUGGCGUCUGUGGAGUCUCUUAAAGACCUCAUCACGCAGAUGCAGAUGCACGGCAAAGCUCAGACGUCCGGCUGUGCAGACUGGCGUGCAGAGCUACUGGACGCAGUCCGCCAGGUUUUUCUGAGGGAGAGGAGCGUGUUGAAGAACGCCCUCUACAGCCAGCUGGACCUGCUGGACACCAGCGACGCUGUUGUUCACCUCAAUCAGCUCGAGCGCAGACUGGCAGAACAGGACGCCCACCACAGGGAGGCCAUGGGUUUGCUUCACACAGCAGAAAGGUCAAGUCUUGUCUCCGAAAUUCACCAACUUCGUGGUCAACUAGAACAACUUCAUCAAAGUGCCCAGCCUGGCCUCACGGUGACUGCUGAACGUAGCACAAAGGACCAGAGGGCGAGAACUGGAACCGAUGGAGCAGCGGAGGCCGACAGGCUUCUCGUAGAGGAGCUGAAGGUCGAGCUUUCUCAGACUAAACUGGAGCUGGAGACGACACUCAAGGCCCAACACAAACACCUCAAAGAACUGGACGCACUCAGGGUGGAGGUAUCCCAGAAAGCUGCAGAGCUGGAUGCACUGAAUGACCAGCUGACGGAAGAGAGGAAGAGGAGCAGAGAGUUUCAGUGGAUGGUGGAGAAGGAGAAGUGUCAAUCUGGAAGAAAUGAGGACAGCAGACGAGAGGAGCUGGAGGACUUGCAGCUGGCUCUGGAGGAGCAGAAGGCUCAUGCCGCCCAGCUAACCCAGACCCUGGAGCAGGAGCGGCAGGCCUCCUCCCAGCUCUCCCAGAAGGUUGAACAGGACAACCUGAGUCUCCACAGACGUCUGCAGGAGCUCCAGGUCCAGCUAGAAACUGAGCGAGCCAAGGCUCUGGAGAUGAGCUCUGCUUUGGGGAGAGAGAGGGAGCUGCGGACUGGCAUCUCCUCCGAAAGAGACCCCUCCAUUGAGGAAGGUGCCCGCGAGGACAAGAGGGACUGUGCAGAGGAGAGGAGUCUGCUGGAAAGACUGCAGAAGGAGCUGGAUGAAAAACAUUCACAGACGGUGCAUCUCCUCAGUCAGGUCGAAGCCCAGCGGCUCGAAGUUCUUCGAAAAGUAGAGGAGCUGGCACUGGCAAAUCAGAAGUCCAAACGAGACGAAGAGGUGCUGGUAGAGGUCCAAGCCCGACGGGACGUGCUGAAAACACAAAUGGCAGAUGUUCAAGAGCAGCUAGAGAGAGAACAGGAGUGGAGGAAGAAUCUGGAGGAAGAGAAUCAGAGACUGGAAGAGAGGCUGAACCAGUUAGGACAGGAGGAGGAGAGUGGAGCGCCACAGGUCGGCAGCCAGAGUCAGGCUGUUUGGCACAGUGAGUCCACCGACCGCACCAAAGACUGGGUGCUCCAGCAGAAGAAUGACGGCGCUCAAUCAGCCACAGCGUCUCCUCGUGUGGACGUUUCUCCUGCAACGCACGCCAGCGGGACACACCACGGUCCUUGGCGGACAGUCGAUAAGAUUGUGGGAAAACUUCACCUCAUCUCCUCAAAGAUUCACAGCAUGACCAGCAAAACGAUCAACGGCUCGACUGCAGAGGUUGACGGUGAAGAGUUGUCAUGGAUCCAGUCCAGCGUUGAUGAGGUCAUCAACAUGCUGCAGCAAUCCCCAGGUUUACCCUCCAUCCCAGAGUCUCAGAGUGCAUCCCUGCUGCCAGGAGGCUCCUCCAGCUCCUCCAACAACCUGACGGAGCGGCUGCUGAGGCAGAAUGCCGAGCUGACGGGGUUUGUCAGCCGUCUGACCGAAGAAAAGAAUGACCUGAGGAACCACACGCUGCGAUUGGAAGAAGAGCUCCGACGCUAUCGGCAGGCUGGCCUGGGAUCAGGCGACGGCUCCAGCAGGAGAGGAGGAUCAAAGAUGGACUCUGCAGGUUUGAUAUUCUCUCAAGAGCAGGAGUCGUGGUCUCGAGAGAAGAUCCGACUGGAGAAAGCUUUACAUGUGGCUCAGUCCCAGUUGGCUCGACUCAGGGGAGAAAUCAGGUCCGAAACACUUCGAGAGAUAACCGGGCCCGAGGCUGAUAAUUCUGCACUAAAGAGGAUGUACGGGAAGUACCUGAGGUCAGAAAGUUUCCGGAAAGCACUGAUCUACCAGAAGAAGUAUCUGCUGUUACUGCUGGGCGGUUUCCAGGAGUGUGAGGAGGCCACGCUGUCGCUCCUGUCCAGGAUGGGCGGCCAUCCUUCUCUCUCCAGCCUGGAGUCCUACAACCAGCGCCGCCGCGGAUUAAUGCGCUUCCGCUCUGCCGUCCGAGUCUCCAUCGCCCUCUCCAGAAUGCGUUUCCUCGUGAAGCGAUGGCACAAGGCGACGGGGAUGAGCUCCACGGUCUCCUGCAGCGCCAACAAGAACGGUGCAGGUACGGAGGUGAGGGAUUCACCAUAUCUUCACCCGAGCAGUGUGGACAUGUACAGGGAACGAGGAGGAGGAGGAGUGUCCAGCAGCAGGGGGAGAAGUGGGCGUGAAUCCCCACGAUCAGGCGUCUCCCCCACACAGCACAGGCUCCACCUGGCUGCAGACCACGGGCCUCUCACCUGUUCCCACCUGCAGAGCUACGACCCCGACCGGGCGCUCACCGACUACAUCUCCAGACUGGAGGCUCUGCAGAGGAGGCUGGGCAGCGUCGCAUCAGGUGCUUCUUCAUAUGCUCAAUUGCACUUUGGCUUGAGAAGAUAGAUGCUGACAAAUGACUUUGGCUUGAAGUAACUCAGUUGCCUUUUCUUGUGCUGAGCGCUCCGCUGUUUUCUAUCAUUCUGCUGUGGACUGUAUCUCCAUGUGGACCAAAACAUUUUUUUAUUAGUGUACGACAUGUUGUAUUCAGGCUUUUUGUCGCCAGCACUUGGAGGAAAAAAGCAAAACGUAACAGCGAUGUUUGUAAUUUAAUCUGCCUCUUCGUUGUGGAUGAUCAACAAUCGUGUAUAUUUGUCUAAUGCUAAUUUAAGGACUUUGUGAUUAAUUUAUGUUUGUGUUGAAUGGGUGGAGCGUUACGUGGAGGAUGUUUGGGUUUACCGUUCAGGAGGCUGCUACUGGAUCUUCACUACACUGUGUUUUGUUAAGGCGGACAGACUACAGAAGACAUUUGUAGAGAACGUAUUUUUGUAAAGCGUAGGAGCUUUGAAUUUUUGGGGUAUUUUGUCAAAAACUGAAAUAAAGAGUACUACAUAA